AGUUCAGUGGUUGCCAUUUGCUUUUGUUUAUUAUUUUCUCUUUAUCAGUGCCAGACACAUUGUAGAGCUUGUUCGAUUGAUACUCAUACUCAUGCGUUAAUAUUUAUUAACUGUUGAUUUUUUUUGUUUGUUCAUAUUUUCCGGUGUUGAUUAUUUACGUUUUAUUAAUUUAAUUGACUAUAAUAAACGAUGACCGAUUGCGAAUCGCAGGAUUUAACACAGACCCAGACCCAGGACGGAGAUUGGUUCGCUAGCCAGGCAGAAAGCCAGGAACCCGAAAACAGGAAACCAUGGGGUCGAAUCACUCCAAGGAAAGUUAUGAUCAAACGGCUUGGCAAUCAGUCGGUUACACUACAAGAAAGCUUGUCGGCGUCGUUCGAUCUGUACACGGAAAACUUCACAAUUGGACGCGAUAAAAUGUGCCAAUGGGCGAUCACUGCACAAGAUGUACCGCACAAAUUCUGGGACCGCAUAUCGAAAAUGCACUGCAGAAUCGUCAAAGAUCUUUCCGACGUUUCUAAUCCAGUAUACGUUGAGGAUCUGUCCAGGAAUGGCACCUUCGUAAACGGAGAAUUGAUUGGAAUGCACCGUAGACGAAUCCUCAAAUCGGACGAUGUGAUUGCAUUCAACGAACCGUCAAAUAGAAUAUUUCACUUCGACAAUUCAUAUCAGGAGUCCCAUGGCUUACCUGAAGAUGUUUUUUCACGAUACCACGUUGGCAAGCAAUUGGGAUCCGGUGCACAGGGUAUGGUUCGCUUAGUUAUGGAUCGGCGAACCUGCGAAUGUUUCGCUAUGAAACAAGUCAACAAAAGUGGAUCAACCAACACUCUUGGUUCUGUUAAUGAUGAAAAGAUUCAUCGGGAAGUAGAGAUCAUGCGGAAAUUAAAUCACCCAAACAUUAUUCGAUGCAAGGAAGUGAUUAUGAAACCGAACGCAGUUUAUAUGAUUCUGGAAUUGAUGGAAGGUGGUGACUUGCUCCAUCGUCUUCAACGCGAGAAGCAUUUGUCAGUCGACAAUUCACGAUACUAUUUCCUUCAGCUGUGCCGAGCUGUGAAAUACCUUCACGACAAGAACAUUACUCAUCGGGAUAUUAAGCCAGACAACAUACUUCUGCUUGACCACCACGACAGAACCAAUUUGAAGUUGUCAGAUUUUGGACUCAGCAAGCUGUUGCAGGAAAAUUCGUUGCUACAAACUAUGUGUGGUACUCCGUUGUAUGUGUCACCGGAAAUUCUCAUGACGGCCGGCAGAGGAACCUACACAUCUAAAGUGGACAUAUGGAGCUUGGGCGUCGUUCUUUACGCCAUGCUCAGCGGCACUUUACCGUUCACAAACGACGGCCAUACGGUGGCACAGACACUCAUCAAAACUGGUCAGUUUAACUUCAAGAAGCCACAAUUUGAGUUUGUUCCCGAAACAGCCAAACAGCUGAUCAAACAAAUGUUGACGGUGAAUCCGUCGAAACGACCGACCAUCGACGAUGUUAUAAUGCAUCCGUGGCUGCAGGAAGAAGACAAUGAUUUUAAUGGAUAUUUCGAUAAGAUUUUGUACACCGAUGAGGCUUUGCGUGAGCCGCCAGCGAAACGACGACGCAUUGAAUGGAUCUAAGUUUUUUUUUUGUCGUUUUAUGGAUUCCGCGUGAUAAAAUUUCAGGAAUGCAAUGGAAAAGUAAUGAACUGUAAAUAGGGAUUUUGGAAGUGCCUUGCCGCAAUUUUGUGUAGUAAGUAUUGCAAGCAUUUUGUUUUGUUUUUUGUCGUUGUUUAGUGCGAUCGAAAUAAGUAACUCGAAAUAUUUUUUUUUAUAUUGUAAUAAGAUUCUGUCAUUUAUUCAUUCGUUUAUUUCAUUCUAUUCUAUUUUACUGAAGAAAUUGUAGUUUUUUGCGUAUUAAUUUUUCUUUAUAUAAAUACCAAUCAGACAGACAACAAAAACCAAAAAAACGAACAAAAAAAGAGCCAAAAGAUACGAAAAUGUGGCCAUAUUUAUCAAUAAUUCGAAAAUAUUUUUGAAUACCUUUAAUGAGAUUUAAUGUACGAUUACCAGCAAAGUUAAUUUUAGUUAAGGAAGUACCUGUGUAGGUAGUGUUACUACUACUAUUGUAGUAUGAUCUACUUAUUGUGAACAGUACAAAAAUAAAGUAUUCACUAAAAUGCACAAUCUAUAAUGUUUAACGUAUACACUUUGUGUACCAUAUUUUAAAUGAACUUAAUGCUAAAAUUGAACGAUAUGUAUGCGUUAAUUGUAAUCAAGAUUUUGUCUUUUUCUCGAUUAAUCGAGUCAAGGGGAAGGGGGGAACACAUUAUAUUUAACUUUAUACGGAAAUAUUCCACCCAUUUUGUAAAUUGAAUUCGUUAAUAAAACCUAUGAAGAGGAG